AGUCGAGAGAGUUGAAAGGUUAUAGGGACGCAGCGCACUGUGAUGAUGUAAUGGCUUUGUGCGCUGGGCGGCCGGGGGGCAGCAGGAGUAGCAGCUGCAGCUUGCCGCGCUUUCUCGCUGCCAUUUGCCGCGCUGGGGCUGCCUCCGCCGCCUCCGGGUCCCGGCUAGACCCGCCCUCUUCCUUCCCGCGUGAGUAGCCAUCCCCUCUUCCGGUAUAUAAUUAAAACCUAUUUUAUGAAACUAACCCUUUGCCAAGUAUACCUCUUUGAUGUCUGGUAUCUGAAACCUCCCAACUAUGCCAGCAGCUACAGUAGAUCACAGCCAAAGAAUUUGUGAAGUUUGGGCUUGCAACCUGGAUGAAGAGAUGAAGAAAAUUCGUCAAGUUAUACGAAAGUUUAACUAUGUUGCUAUGGACACAGAGUUUCCAGGUGUAGUUGCACGGCCUAUUGGAGAGUUCAGAAGCAAUGCAGACUAUCAGUACCAACUUCUCCGCUGUAAUGUAGACUUACUAAAGAUAAUUCAGUUAGGGCUGACAUUCAUGAAUGAGCAAGGCGAAUACCCUCCGGGAACUUCAACGUGGCAAUUUAAUUUUAAGUUUAAUUUAACAGAGGACAUGUAUGCCCAGGAUUCUAUAGAGCUACUAACAACAUCUGGAAUCCAGUUCAAAAAACAUGAGGAAGAAGGAAUUGAGACUCAGUACUUUGCUGAACUUCUUAUGACAUCGGGUGUAGUGCUAUGCGAAGGAGUCAAGUGGCUGUCAUUUCAUAGUGGCUAUGACUUUGGAUAUCUGAUCAAGAUCUUGACGAAUUCCAAUUUACCUGAAGAAGAACUGGACUUCUUUGAGAUACUGAGAUUGUUUUUCCCUGUCAUUUAUGAUGUGAAGUACCUUAUGAAGAGUUGCAAAAAUCUCAAGGGUGGAUUGCAAGAAGUUGCUGAGCAGUUAGAGUUAGAGAGGAUAGGCCCGCAGCAUCAGGCAGGAUCUGAUUCUCUACUAACAGGCAUGGCUUUCUUCAAAAUGAGAGAGAUGUUCUUUGAAGAUCACAUUGAUGAUGCCAAGUACUGUGGUCACUUAUACGGCCUUGGUUCUGGUUCAUCUUAUGUACAGAAUGGGACAGGAAAUGCAUAUGAAGAAGAAGCCAACAAGCAAUCAUGACAUGAAAUAGGAAGCCACUUUUUCUGAGCUCCACAUGCUUGUACAUAGGUUUUAUCUCUGGUUGAAUCCCUUGGACAAUAAGGCGUUCUUUUCCUCUCUAUCAGACAUGUUUUUCCUGCCUUCAUAUGUACCAAACUUGACUGUUCCUAUCCUGGUUCUUUGACCUUAAUGUGUAGGCAUUUCUGGGUUAAAUGUGGCCUUGUAACUUGCCCAUCUGUAAGCACAUGUAGGAGCAGUGUGGCAGAUAGAAGAGGAAAGCUAAAAUGAUAAUGAAAUUUCUGGUAAACUUUAAUUGGUCUUAGUAUUGGUUUAUUAUCUUCCCUACCCUUUUGCCCCCGAACUGAACUAGGCACUGAUUGUAACCAAUUUCCCCAUUUGAUGUUUAUCCCUUCCAGUGUACAGGAGUUUUAGCUAUUCAAGAUUGUGGACCAUCACAUUUGCACUUUAGAAGAGUGACUCUGAGUCAGAUCCUCUGUUUUAUCUGAAGUUCUGGUUUUCCUUCCCUGACCUAAACAAAAAUGUUCAUUCACCAACAUAGCAAACCCACUCCUGGGUUCAAACCCAUGGAAUCAUCCACACUCACUGCAUAACCUCUGUUUAAAACUACUGAAAUCUUAGCAGCUGCUCUCACUGUUAAGCUGGUGUUUCGUCUUCCAGGUGUGUUUUGUACGCACGAGCUUGCAAUUGACUUGCCGGUUUAACACUGCUCUGUGAUGGAAAUAACUAGGUGCAGUCAUGGAGAAUCUCUCCAGUGUACCCUUCACUAAACUGAAAGGCUCUGGCACAACACAUACUUUGUGCUACUCUUCAGCUCUCAUGGGAGUAUUUAAGAGAAAUUCCUUGUGAAUUGUCCCAUGACUGAAAACAAGCCUUUAGGAAAGUUUCCGUGGUUUUUUUUUUUUUUUUGCUUUUGUGGCUGUGAGUGGAAUAAUUGAAAGGAUGGUAACUGCAGUUAAAUUAACAGCAUUCCCUAAUUGUGGAUCCAUUUCCUAACUCCUAUUUCAGCAAGCUAUGCCCCAAAACACUUUCUAUUUUAAAACCUUAUUUAUUGAUUACUUGAAUAGAUGAACACAACUCAUCUCAAGAAUAAUAUCCAAAGAUUUGAAGCCAAUUUGAUAUUGAGCUAAAUGGAAAAGGAAGAUGUGUCCUUUAUUUGGAGAUGCUACAAAAGAUGUUGUAAAACAACAAAUCCAUUUGUACCUAAUAAAGUUACCUGAGGCUUGUAAGGCUAGCUUAUUUUUUUAGUCUACCGUAGCAAUAUAUUGUAUAAAUGCAUUGUUAUAUUAAAGAACCACAAAGUACUUUCUUAACCAUGCAGAGCAUGCUCAUACAAAGCAGUUGUGCAGGAAGACUUUAAUUGGUAUUGAAUAGCUAAACCCUACCCUGAAAUAAUGGAGUGCCUGUGGCAGCAUUUUGCGUGCACCAUUUACACUGAAAAUCAAUUGGCGUAAACAUUAGCAAUGUUCAGCAAGUUGAUCUGUUUACCAUGUACUUUAACCUGUUUUCCUUCUCCCCCCUCAUUAAGUUACAAUGGUAUAACUGGGUGGUCCUUUUUAAAGAAAAACAAAGACAUUUGCAUAAGAGGGUAUUUGUUUUUAAAGCUUUUGUAAAUAAAGGCUUGAAAAAGUUUUCUUACGUA